AUGAAUCUCAAGUCCCACUUUACGCAAGAUUUUACUAGUUCGUCGUUGAGUAGAUUAAGAGGCGCUAAUUCCAUACGACAAUACUUAUCUCCCAACUCAAGUCAGUCAGUUCGUCUUCUCAUCUUGUGUACUGUGGAAAAAAUAUUGCUUCUCACACUUCAAACUCCAUCAAUACACCUCAGUCAUCAUAGCUAUAUUGUGCUCGUACAUUGA